CUUCAAUGAAUUUGAUUCCAGCUCUCCUCGUGAUAACAUUCCAAAGCGUCACAAAUGGACAAAACCAGCAGCCUAUGUCUCGCCUCAACUUCUUUGAUAUCGAUUUGCUCCGGUAUUGUGCUGAAGAGCGGCGUGGUAACGUGAUGGUGUCUCCAGCCAGCAUUAAGGCAACACUAGCGAUGCUUCUUGAAGGCUCCCAGGGUGCCACAGAGGUCGAGAUCAGGAGCGCACUGAGAUUGGCGCCGACGAAAUCCGAGUAUAGAGAACAGCUGAAUCUGUUCUUGGAAGGUUUGAAGACGAACACCACUGGCGUAUUUUUACAAAACGCCAAUUCAGUUUUCGUGUCCGAUAAAUUGAAGAUGAAAAAAGAUUACGAGUCUUUGUUGAAAUCUGUCUACCUGGCGGACGUGUUCAAGAUGAAUUUCGGAGACAUCGACGGAUCAGUCAACACCAUCAACAAUUGGGUCUCGAAAAAGACCAACGGACUCAUUCCGGGCAUCGUUGAACCAGUGAACGUCAAUCCAUCAACGGAGAUUCUCCUAGCGAACGCGAUGUAUUUCAAGGGUAGCUGGCAGAAAUCGUUCGACCCCAAGGAGACAAGCGGCACGUGUUUCUACAACCAUGGCGUCUGCAAUAAAGUGCAGAUGAUGUCCAUGCGGGGUCAAUUCAAAUACGCCUACAGCGAGGAGUUGAGAGCGCACGCUAUCGACCUGCCUUAUGAGGGUGGCAGAUACUCCAUGGUCCUCCUGGUGCCAAUAGACCGUGAUGGCUGCGCGCCCCUCAUCAGGGACUUGCCAUAUAUGAGCCUGAACCAGAUCGUUAACGUUCUGGAGCCGUACGACGUCCAACUGACUAUGCCCAAGUUCACCAUAGACUACUCGGAAGAUAUGGUCGGCCCGUUGAUAAGCAUGCGCAUCAGCACUCUGUUUGCAUCGUCAUCAAACCUGUCUGGGAUCUUCGACGGUGACUCUCCUUACAUCAACAGCAUGUACCACAAGGUGCACAUGACUGUCGAUGAGCAGGGUACUGUGGCGGCUGCGGCCACCGCGGCUAUGGUGGUGCCUCUCAUAGAGGACGGGGUUCAGCUUCGCGUGGACCGUCCGUUCGUUUUCUUCAUCAGGGACAACGAGCUGCGAGUCGUUCUGUUCGAAGGAAGGAUUGAGGAACCUACGCCAUUUGUAGACGCUUCUCCAGCGAAAGCACCAACCCCAGUGGCGCCUCCACCUGCCCAGAUGAUGCCAUCAGGCCCACCAGCGCCAGUAGCCCCGCUGGCGCCACCAUCCAAACCAGUACCAGAGCCAGUCACAAGAAAACUGGUGCAGCGCCAAUGA